AUGAGACUCUAUUUAACGCUCAUAGCUGUCGUGGCUUCGAUCGCUCUUACCCAAGAUAUAGCCAGCGAUGAGCCUACCAAGGUACACGUCCUAUGGGAACCUGAGAAGGUCGCGGAUGACGCAGAAUGGGCUGCAGCCCGCCAGAAGGGAGAUGAUUUGAUAUGUCGACUCGAAGCCACGGACGAAGCUGCUGGUAGACUAAAUAUGGACACACGAACACCGCCUUCGGCGCGCAAUCAAUGGCCCGAUGCCGCGCUCACAAGUGAGAUAAGUCUCUGGGGUUGGUUUACUGGCGAAUAUGACCAGAAAUCGCAUUGCCAAUUUGCCGAUGAUAACGAAGAUUACCAUGUCAACAAGGUCGGAACUAUGUUCCAGGAUCUUGGUAUCAAUUCCAGGCCCCAUACAAAAGGCGGAGAUAAUGUGUGUUACAGCAUAGAACACUACAACGAGCGCGCCGAAGAUGACGAUGGAGACACUCUUGCGGCGCAAAACCAGUACUACGACAUCAAUGGUGUUUGGGAGCGGUGUACCGGUGCGCAUGUUCGAUUCGGUAUCAACCAACGAGGCGGACUGAUCAUUGGUCUCGACUUCCUCAACCCUAAAACAGCAGCACUGGCAAAUUGGGAUGACAGCCCAGCAGAAGCUAGCCUCCCGGAGCUCAAGCGCGCCUCGGACAUCAUGAUGGCGUACUGGCUUCGCGGCAAUAUUGACCCCAAAAGCCUCAAAUAUUAUCUUGUGCUCACCAUCAAGAAUACGAUGACUCUCGCUCUCAUCAACAGAGUGUUGAAGAAUCAUGGUCUCAAAGAGGUACCGUACUGGCCUGGUGUGAUAGCCAACAUGUACGACGAGGAAGGCCCGGCGCUACUUGGUGAGUAG